CCACCAUGAACCACUCGCCGCUCAAGACCGCCUUGGCAUACGAAUGCUUCCAAGACCAGGACAGCUCGACGCUGGCUCUGCCGUCGGACCAAAAGAUGAAGACAGGCACGUCGGGCAGGCAGCGCGUGCAGGAGCAGGUGAUGAUGACCGUCAAGCGGCAGAAGUCCAAGUCCUCGCAGUCGUCCACGCUGAGCCACUCCAACCGAGGUUCCAUGUACGAUGGCCUGGCCGACAACUACAACAACUAUGGCACCACCAGCAGGAGCAGCUACUAUUCCAAGCUCCAGGCGGGGAAUGGCUCCUGGGGGUAUCCGAUCUACAAUGGGACCCUCAAGCGGGAGACGGACAACCGGCGUUUCAGCUCCUACAGCCAGAUGGAGAACUGGGGCCGGCACUACACCCGGGGUGGCUGUGCCACCACUGGCGCAGGCAGCGACAUCUGCUUCAUGCAGAAAAUCAAGGCGAGCCGCAGUGAGCCUGACUUGUACUGCGACCCUCGGGGCACCCUGCGCAAGGGCACGCUGAGCGGGAAGGGCCACAAGACGACCCAGAACCGCUACAGCUUCUACAGCACCUGCAGCGGCCAGAAGGCGGUCAAGAAGUGCCCCAUGCGCCCCCCCUCCUGCAUCUCCAAGCAGGACCCAGUUUACGUGCCCCCCAUCUCCUGCAACAAAGACCUGUCCUUUGGCCACUCGAGGGCCAGCUCCAAGAUCUGCAGUGAGGACAUCGAGUGCAGCGGGCUGACCAUCCCCAAGGCUGUGCAGUACCUGAGCUCCCAGGAAGAGAAGUACCAGGCCAUCGGGGCCUAUUACAUCCAGCACACCUGCUUCCAGGAUGAAUCUGCCAAGCAGCAGGUCUAUCAGCUGGGAGGCAUCUGCAAGCUGGUGGACCUCCUCCGCAGCCCCAACCAGAAUGUCCAGCAGGCCGCAGCAGGUGCCCUGCGCAACCUGGUGUUCCGCAGCACUGCCAACAAGCUGGAGACGCGGAGGCAGAAUGGGAUCCGCGAGGCUGUCAGCCUCCUGAGGAGAACUGGGUGCACCGAGAUCCAGAAACAACUGACCGGGCUGCUGUGGAACCUGUCUUCCACUGAUGAGCUGAAGGAGGAGCUCAUCGCCGAUGCCCUGCCCGUCCUGGCGGACCGUGUCAUCAUCCCCUUCUCCGGCUUGUGCGACGGCAACAGCAACCGGUCCCGGGAGAUGGUGGACCCUGAGGUCUUCUUCAAUGCCACGGGCUGCUUGAGGAACCUGAGCUCUGCCGAUAUAGGUCGGCAGACCAUGCGGAACUACACAGGCCUCAUCGACUCCCUCAUGGCCUAUGUCCAGAACUGUGUGGCGGCCAGCCGCUGUGACGACAAGUCCGUGGAGAACUGCAUGUGCAUCCUGCACAACCUCUCCUACCGCCUGGACGCGGAGGUGCCCACUCGCUACCGCCAGCUGGAGUACAACGCCCGCAACGCCUACACAGACAAGUCCUCCACUGGCUGCUUCAGCAACAAGAGUGACAAGAUGAUGAACAACAACUACGACUGCCCCCUUCCCGAGGAGGAGACCAACCCCAAGGGCAGCAGCUGGCUGUACCACUCGGACGCCAUCCGCACCUACCUGAACCUCAUGGGCAAGAGCAAGAAGGACGCCACCCUGGAGGCCUGUGCUGGUGCCCUGCAGAACCUGACUGCCAGCAAGGGCCUGAUGUCCAGCGGCAUGAGCCAGCUGAUCGGGCUGAAGGAGAAGGGCUUGCCACAAAUCGCCCGUCUCCUGCAGUCUGGUAACUCGGACGUGGUGCGGUCUGGAGCGUCCCUCCUGAGCAACAUGUCCCGCCACCCUGUGCUGCACAGAGCAAUGGGGAACCAGGUGUUCCCAGAGGUGACCAGGCUCCUCACUAGUCACACUGGCAACACCAGCAACUCAGAAGACAUCCUGUCCUCGGCCUGCUACACCGUGAGGAACCUGAUGACCUCCCAGCCUCAGAUGGCCAAGCAGUACUUCUCCAGCAGCAUGAUCAACAACGUCCUCAACCUGUGCCGUAGCAGUGCUUCGCCCAAGGCAGCAGACGCUGCCCGCCUCCUCCUGUCUGACAUGUGGUCCAGCAAGGAACUGCAGGGUGUCCUCAGACAGCAAGGUUUUGAUAGAAGCAUGCUGGGAACCUUAGCUGGGGCCAACAGCCUCAGGAACUUCACCUCCCGAUUCUAAGAAGAGGCUGCCCACUCAAGUUCCACUGGGAGAAAUGAUGUGACCGGCUGAGAAGACCUCGAGCCUUGCUGAAGGGGUUGUUCUGUCCACCCUGUGCAGCACUUGGAAGAGUCCAAAUGCAACCAAGGGCAAAUCUGAAAACUGUGGAUGAUGGAAAUCUUUUUAGAUUUUUUUUUUCCUCCGGGGA